GUCAGGUUGUUGUUCCCCGGGAGCUUGCGUCAUGUAUCACGCUUCUCCUCCGCUCAAACAUGGCGAGGUAGUGGUACAGAUUCACAUCAUCCGUGAAACAGCCCUUAUUUAAGUGGACCAGGUGGUUUGGUGUAGUGUUUCUUUUUAUGGUUUUAGUCCUAUGGAAACGGAUCUUAUCGAGAAGAUGCCGUGCCAUAACCAGCAGCUGAAUAACAGUGAGAGCCCCGAACACGCCGCGAAGCACGUCCGCUUCGCCCGCAGCAGCCCUGCAGCCGAGACCUGUCAAGACGAACCGUGCGAUAACCAAACCACGAGCGACAUCCAACGACAAAUAGGACCUCAGCUUAAGCUCUUGCCAUUAAAUGACCAAAUACGAGAACUUCAGACAAUCAUUCGGGACAAAACUACCAGUAGAGGUGAUUUUGUGUUCUGUGCUGAUAGAUUGAUAAGAUUAGUGGUGGAGGAGGGUCUCAAUCAGCUUCCAUACAGUGAAUGCACUGUAACCACACCAACAGGACAUAAAUAUGAGGGUGUGAAGUUUGAAAAGGGAAACUGCGGGGUUAGCAUCAUGAGGAGUGGUGAGGCCAUGGAGCAAGGCCUCAGAGAUUGCUGCAGAUCAAUCCGUAUCGGGAAGAUUCUGAUCCAGAGCGAUGAGGAGACACAAAAGGCUAAAGUUUACUAUGCAAAGUUCCCUCCUGACAUCAGCCGAAGGAAGGUUCUUCUCAUGUACCCUAUACUUAGUACAGGCAACACUGUAAUAGAAGCGGUGCGGGUGCUGAAUGAACACGGCCUGCAGGCCAAACAUAUCAUACUUCUGAGUCUCUUCUCCACUCCACAUGGUGCAAGGUCCAUUGUUCAAGAGUUUCCUGACAUCACUAUACUGACAACUGAAGUGCACGCUGUCGCUCCGACACACUUUGGACAAAGGUAUUUCGGCACAGACUGACAACCCACCAAUAACACACACAUUCACUUGGAUUCAGCUGAAGCGGCUUGUGUGUUUUGUUUUUGUUUUAUUUUAUUCAUCUGGUAAAGCCUGACCAGCCCACAGCAAGUGUCUCUGUGUGUGUGUGAUUGGUUCAUCAGGGCUGGCCUCUGUAUUUUUAUUGGUUGUUAUUAUAUAUUUAUCAAUGCUUAAUGUGAGCAAAUGUAUUAUAAUCUUCGAAAUACAUGUGCUUGUCCAUGAUGCCACCAGGAUUAAAACAAACCGUUCCUAAAAAGUGAUGCAAAACAGAAAAAUACAAAUAAAAUAUUUUGUAUUAAAUGAACUGUAUGUUUACUUUUUUAAAUAAAAUCUGU